AUGUCCAUCUCGGCUAUUUCAGCAGAAGAAAAACAAAGAGCCCUCGACCUACACAACGAAGCCCGACGUUCAGCACCCGGUCCUCCCCGACACGGCCUCGUAUGGUCUGACUCACUCUCCGCGGCAGCCGCAGAAUGGGGCAAGAAGAUGGUACAAAAUAUGAAGCGUCAAGGUGAGCUCCAACACGACCCAAGUCUUCGGAAGAAGCCAUAUACCAUGGGAGAGAAUCUCUUUGGUGGGGAAGGAGGAAAGAUGGAUUUGUGUACUGCGAUUAGAGGGUGGGUUAGAGAGAAGAGGGAUUAUAAGGGGGAGCCGAUGACUGCUAAUGGGAGGAAUGGAAGGGGUGUGAUGGUGGGGCAUUAUACGCAGAUCAUUUGUUCCCAGACGACAAAAGUUGGAAUGGUGAAAAUCUGGUCUGGAGAGUGGCUGUAUAUCGUUGCUCGAUACGACGGACCGCAAGAGAUUGGGAGCUUACCAUGGGGAGGGCACAAGCACCUAUCUGUACCGAGCAACCCAAGUCUUCUCCAAAAAUCAUCUACCCUUGUAACUGCUGGCCCAUCCGCGAAGUCAAAACCAGCCAGAUCGCUACCAGAUCACGAGAUAGAGAAAAUCUUGGACCUGCAUAAUGAAGCUCGUCAUGAAGCUCCUGGAGGACCACGUCCAGAUCUCGUAUGGAGCGAAACACUCGCCAUACUGGCAAUGGCAUGGGCGAAAAAACUAGCACGACGUAACACUGGCAUGAAACAUGACGACCAAUGGGUCAUGGGCGAGAACUUGUUCUGGUCGAAAUAUAAUGUUCAGAGCUAUUCGUCAGCCAUUAGAGCAUGGAUAAACGAGAAGUGGCAUUAUCAUGGAGAGGCAGUUGGUGAUGAGGAUCCGAAUGGGGAGCAGGUUGGGCAUUAUACUCAGAUCAUUUGCCAUGACGUGACUAAAGUGGGAAUGGCGAGAGUGACGAAGGGAAGUGACACUUAUAUUGUUGCUCGAUACGAUACGAUGCAAGUGAGAGGGACAACACCAUGGGGAUCUGCGACACAGCUCCCAGCAGGAGCAGUUGACCACAGACCAGACUCAUCUCAUCACCAGCACUCAAGGUAUGAAUCAGGACGGUCGAGACGGCAUCACCAGAGCAGAAAUUCGAGCUCGCAUCGUUCUGAUAGACACCAGAAUUCUUUGAUUGAGGAUACUAUAGAUGGUAUGCCAAGGUUGGUAAUCAAGAACUCGAAGAUAAGUUUUCAUCCAUUUGGGAGAAGGAGGCCAAGAUGAGAAUGAGAACGGGGGAUAGAUGUGUGAUAUAAUGCGAAGGUUUAUAUCUCACGAAGAGUUAGAAUAUGGUUGUAUUAGCAAGAUUCUCAUGUGAGUGUACUUGUAGCCUAGAUAUACUCCGAAUCUCUUUUUAGUACGCAUCUUCGCUGAUUGUAUAUAAAAAGGCAGAUUGGCGAGAAAUCUCAAGUUUUGGAAUUGAAGGAAGUCAGCAGUAUGAGUGUCUAUGAACUUAAGGAGAAUUAACCAGUUUAAUGCC